AUGGUGGACUCUGGACAAGCGAAAAUGAACAGCAAAAAUAAAAAAAAUAAAUACAAACCGUUUCUUUUAGCCCGUCGUACUGAAAGCUUAAAAAAUGAAUGCAUGAGCAGACUAAACGUAAGAACACAAAAUGCAAAUGGCAAUGACCUUCCAACACUUAGCAGUCUAUUACUCUUUAAACUAAUUAUUUACUCAACCUUACCAUGUCUGGUUAGAUGA